AUGGAUACACAACGUGGAAGGUCUCCAUCUGGAGGUCACCAACAUAUAAGGAAUCAUUCUCCUUCCCCGCACAACUUUCAAGAUGGUAUGAAUGGAUUGGGCAUUGCUUUGGAUCCUUCGAAUAUCAACAACCACCAAGGAUUCCAGGUCAACAGCUUUAACAACCAGAACACAGCACUGCCUACAUAUGUUGAUAACAACGAUUUCUUGAAUCCAGGUCAGCAAUUCACUCAAGGCGGACUCGGAGAGGUCAAUUUUGCGCCAAGUCAGACCCAGGACUUUUCCCUUUUCAAACAAGAAGAUCAAUCGUCCUUUGCUGCCCCACCGCGAAGUUUCACCCAAGAGCUUUUAAGUGCCAAUUUCGACGGAGAUUUCCCAUUGUAUCCAAACACAAGUGGGCAGAACGAGCAAUUUGAUCAGUCUUUCUUUUUGAAUGAACUUUCUCCUCAGCCUGGAAACUCAUCCAUCAAUCCUGCAGAUUUGAACAUGUCAUCCCCCGCUCAUACACCAACACCACCGAGUCUAUUGCCGCCUGACUCCCAUGCACCAUCUUCCACGCACCAGUCACCAUCCUUCCAUCAAGGCCCCUUUCGACCAUCACCAGGCCACUCACGAAACGCUUCACUCGGCCCAGAGAGUGCUGCUUUCCCUGUAGGACAUAAUCCCGGUGAUUGGAGUAUGAUGCCCCCGCAAUUCACAGGCCAUCGUAGAACAACGUCUGAAUACUCUGAUAUUUCCUCGGCCGCCCAUUCUCCUAACCUGGGUCACCAUGAUAGCUUUGAAGCGAUAGACCAACAACACUCACCUAUGCAACCCCCUCAAGACUCUAUCUAUCAGGAGGUUCUCGGCAUUGGAUCCUUCUCACUGACUGAUAAUCCUCGUCCUGGUAUCAGUCCUGGCCACAGUCCUGCAAUUUCACCUCGGCUGGGGCCUCAACAGAUGCCAAUUAUGGAUCACCAGAAUACGUUCAUGCUGAAUGCAAACAAUGGUUUUCCUUCGCAGCACAUCUACAAUCAAGGUCAAGAAUCGUUCCCACAGAUGCAACACAACAGCUCUCUAGAUAUGGGGCAAGCGCAACAGAUGGUACCGCCUGAGAUAAACGUAGAAUUUGCACCGGCAUCGAGACAAAAUAGUUUUGAUCCUCCCAAAUCUGCCCUUGAUCAAGAUGCAUUGACUCCACCUGAUCGAGGUCGUCGUAGGAGAGCUGUCUCGGACCCAUAUAAUAGUCCCCGUCCUCAAACUCCUUCGAACACCUCUCCUUUGAUGAGGAAUUCUCUCUCUCCGUCGGGCCACGAAUCAGCGGCAUCACGCUCGCUAUCACCAAAUGACCGAUCUGGACCAACUUCACCUGGCCGACGACGACAAUCCACAUCGUCUCUGCCCAAUCGGGAUUAUAUUCUCGGUCUGGCGGAUCCUGAAUAUCAGGCAACGUCGUCCGACAAUGGGACUGCGAAGCGGGUUCAAAAACACCCAGCAACAUUCCAAUGUAAUCUAUGUCCAAAGCGUUUCACGCGAGCUUACAACCUUCGAUCUCACUUGCGAACACAUACUGAUGAGAGACCUUUCGUCUGCACGGUUUGCGGUAAAGCGUUUGCACGUCAACACGAUCGGAAGCGUCAUGAGGGUCUCCACUCCGGAGAGAAAAAGUUCGUAUGUAAAGGCGAACUGAAGCAAGCCGGUCAAUGGGGAUGCGGCCGUCGUUUCGCCCGAGCUGAUGCACUAGGUCGGCAUUUUAGAUCUGAAGCCGGCCGAAUUUGUAUCAAACCUCUUCUAGACGAAGAAGCUCUUGAGAGACAACGAUUAUGGCAAGAGCAAAGAAUGCAAAAUAUUCACAUGCAACAGCAACCAAUGGGCCCAGAUACCAAUGGCUUCCCUAUGGAUUCUAGUGGAAAUUAUGGCUUACCCGCUGCACUUCUUGCGCAAUAUCCUGCUCUGGCCACCUUGAGCUGGUCAGAGAUGCCGCAAGGUGACAACAAUAUCGAUGAUGAUCAUAGUGGUAGGAGCAGUUUUGAUGCCAGUGGUUCUGAGUAUUACGAUGAAGGCGACGAUGGAGGGUAUCUUUCUAGUGGUCCCGGUCCACAACAUGGAUAUCCUCAACCUCAGAUGGCGGAGCCAUACAAUACUGGCUACUCGAGUGAUAUGAGUGGUCGAUAA